AUGCUUCUGUGCGUUCUGCUAUGGGCGGCUGCAUUAGUACUGACGCCUGCAGUUCGCGGCAAGGAAGAUGGUCAGGGCCGUCCGCUGCCGAGUUCAGGACCGACGUCUUCUUCCACGACGUCGAGCUUCGUGUCCGGGGGCGACCGCGCGACAGGCGCUCCGGGGGUGGUCGUGACGACGACCUCGUCGAUGCUGACAGCUAGUUCGGUGGACGCCAACCCCGACGGAGGCGUUACCGCGAAAACGGCCAGCGUGGUGAUGACGAGCACGUCGGUAACGGCGCAGACUGGGCGGGAGAAGCUGUCUGCGGCUUCGUCGACCAUUUCCUCGACAGCGACGACGUCGACGAGCACUACGGCAUCAGCUGCUCUUCCCCCCGAGAGGGGUCACGUGGGGACGUCUUCCUCGCCAACGGUAACCACCACCACGACGACUAGCACCUCUACGACGACGACAACGACGACGACCGUAAGCUCUCGUAGGGAGCGCCAGUCGUCUAUCGGGAAUCGCGCUCCAGAUGGCGUCUCGGGAACAGAGAAGCGACUGGACGGAAUCGAUGUGGCAAAUCGAGAGGGCGGCGACCUGGAAGCCAGUCAUCCGGCAUAUUCAAGAGACGCAAAGAAGCCCUCAGCUACUCCGCAUCUGGGAGAGGACCGCGACUGUAGCGGCGGGGACGUGGCUCAAGAGGGUUUCUGCAUGGCUUAACGUUAGGGUAGUGCGCC